CGGAAUGGUCAUGAAACACAUUAAUGUUGGAUGAUAUGUUGUGUAUCACACUAUGGUCGGUGUGUUACACAUGUGUAGUCGUCGUCAGGAUGGAAGAACAACAUUGUUAACGUAUAUUCUUAUCGCAUUUCUUUCAACGCAGCUAGUAAUUGCCGAAGAGUGGUGCAAAGUUGCCACUGUCGGUUUACAACCUCAUUAUGAGCAAUGUUUACCAGAUGGAGACACGCUCGUUAGAUACACUAUUGAGGUGGUACCUCUUCGACUGGACGAUAUCAGCGUGAGUGCUGACGUACGUAUCAAAAUCCUAGGUGAUGGUCGAGAGACAAAGCCAAUAACUAUCGCAUCUUCCGAUGGUACUCACACUCGGUUAAGUGUUGAGCGCAUUGACAUUGGUGACCCACGUGCUAUAGAAUUAGAUUCUGGAAGUUCUGACUGGUCUUGCGAACGUAUAACCGUCUUCCGUGGUUCCAAAUAUUGGAUAUUUGACUGCAUAGCUGACGGUUCAGCGGAAGUUAAUGGUGAUCUUCCGCGUUACCUUUUAUCCGGUAACAAGAUAUACACAAUCAGUAUACAGACGGGGAGCCACAAAGGUUCAGGAACUUCCGGGAAGGUAUCUGUAAUGCUUCUGGGUCCCUUAGGCAAGAGUAAUACUAAAAUCCUUGGUACCAAUUUCUAUAGUGGUUCUUAUUUAACCUUUGUUGUUGAAGCUGCUGACGUUGGAGAUGUCAAUGGUAUCUUGCUGUUCAACUCUGCCGAGUCUGACCCUUGGUACUGUGAAGACGUUCGUAUUACUAGUGCUAAUGAUUCGGUGAAAUCAUUCCAAGUUAAGCGUUGGGUGGGUGCGCCUUAUGAAUCUUCUGUUGAGAUUGCCACUACGGAGGGCACCAGCGUAUCCAAUUUUAAUGAAACUACGCCAAUGGAUAUUCAAUGCCACACUCGCGCUAUAGACAUAUAUUCCAUGUCUGUAAGGAAGCCGUUUAAUAUCACCGUGAGGUGCCCUAUGAAUUGUCAGGUAUCUCCCUUGGCUCACGUAAUGGGUUCUUCAUUACACCACUCCUCAUCAUCCAUUUGUGCAUCUGCUAUGUUUGAUGGUGUCUUGACGCCUUCAGGCGGUGAAGUAGUUCUAUCCAUAGUGGGUCCUUUGAAGCAAUACUUUGGCAUCACUAAUCCUGAUACUCACGUUGAAUCGCAUGAUUAUGAGCCAUCAUUUGAGAAACCUUAUUAUUCUUUCUACACGUUUUUAAACAACAGCAUCGACAGUAUUGACUCCAGCGUUCGAUUGGUUGAUGCUUUUGGCAAAUUGUCAUCAUUUGGACGUUUAGAAGUAUUAAAGAACGGCAAAUGGGGAACUGUUUGUAACAAGGGUAAAUUCGGUGCUUUUAAUGAGGCUGCUGCUAACUUGGUAUGUCGUAAGCUUGGAUUCAAGCGCGGCAUUCAUAUUUUGGAGAACUGCUCCAAUGUGAACGAUCAGAAUUUAUGUGUUCCUCGUGGUUAUCCAGUGUCUUACGCAGGUUUGAUGUGUAUGGGCACUGAAGAUGAUAUUUCUAGCUGCAUUAUUGAAGAAGCGACUGUUGACUGUCUUGCUCAUCGUGACGACGUUGUUGUGAAAUGCACUAACUCUAUGUCUCAUGACGGCGUCGGUUUUGGUACUUUGCGACUUGUGGAUUCCUCUGGGUCACCUACGAGUACCGGCACUGGGCGCCUAGAAUUUUACAACAAAGGGUUCGGCUCUGUUUGCAAUGAAUCGUGGGACAAGACGGCCGCUAUGAUUGCUUGCCAGGAGAUGGGUUACACCGGUCUUAAGAAUGGCGGCAUGGUUGGUCAUGACUGUUCUGAUGUCCAUGGUGUAAAUCUGUGCGCUCCGUUGACCAGCAAGAUAUCUGCGGUGGACUUUCGUUGUACUGGUCUCGAACGUGCGUUGGGCCAAUGUCCUCACGAAUCAACAGAUGACAUUUACUGUACUCACGAGCAGGAUGUUAUACUUUCAUGUUCCGGCAAUGGAGAUCCUAGCGAGUUUAGGAACAAGCGUCGUGUGGAGCCCUAUAGUCCCGAGAUGAAGAAGCUACCUCGCACGUUAAACUUGACCUGCUAUGACACUUUAUCAUCCCAUGCUGAACUACAAAUGAAGCAUGGCGAAUUUGCUAUAGCAAUGUGUCCAUCCGGAUGCAAGGGUGACCCUUCUAGUCUUAAAGGCACGUAUAUAUAUACUGAGGACUCCUCUAUAUGCAAGGCUGCAAUUCACGUAGGCGUGAUUGAUGACAACGGUGGUGAAAUCGUUGUAAUACGUGCCAUUACACAGCCCACUUUUUACGGUUCAGUUAUGAAUGGUGUGACUAGCCUUGGUGCUCACAAGAUAGUAUCAGAGUUUGAGGCGGGUGCCUUUUUGGUUUCUCGGGCCACACGGCAUAUAAUGGCUAUGCAGUUAAAGCCUAGUCGUGAUUCUGCUACACCGUAUGACUUGAAACCCAUUACAAGUUCUGAUGCAACUCCCACACCACCCAAAGUUAGGUGGUUCCCAGAGUUGGGAUGGAAGGGUUUCAAUGGGUCCGCACUUGACUUUGUUAGUCUUGCCAAUUUUCCGAAUGCUGAGAAGAUGAAGACUUUACGUGAUUUUACGUUUAGUGUCCAAAUGAAUCCAACUGAGCUCUCUGGUAAGUGGAGUACGAUUUUUUCAUUUCAAGGUUGUGGCGGUCUCACGUGUGCCAUUGAUAACACUGGCGAGGUAAUUAUUGAGGAAAACUGUCGCCCUGAGUUGUUUAAGACGUCUUAUUUUCCUAAGAUAGGGCGUCGUACUAAUUUAACGAUAGUGUAUUACAGUUUAACUCGUGACCUUGGGUUUUUUGCUGAUGGCAAUCUUAUAGCCAGCAGAAAUACAGAUUUCAAUUUUAAUCUACAGGGUGACCUUAUUUUGGGCAAAUCUGCUGAGACCGAUUCAGAUUUCUUUGUUGGUCAAAUUCUUUCGGUUGAGGUGUUUGACUAUUUGAUGUCUCCGAAUCAAGUGCAACAUCACAACAGGAUGCUUCAGUCGAUUGAAGGGAAUCGCAUAUACUCACGUCAUUCUUCAACUCGUAUGACAGUUGAAGGUAAUUUGUGUCUUAGCAAGUGUGUUAAAAUGCGCUCACCUGGACGUGAGAGUGUAUUACAUAACGGUCCAACAAAUCCCGCCAUUCAUUUGGGAUGCCAUGACACGUUAGAAGACGAGCGUUUUAACGGUGCCACUGGUGACCAGUUUCUUGUGAGCUGCAGUCGCAGUUGCACGGACCCAUUAUUGACAUUAAAGGGUAGUAAGGUCUACACAUCAGAUUCGUCUAUAUGCAAGGCUGCAAUUCAUGCUGGAGCCAUUCCUCAUGAAGGUGGUGAAGCAAUUGUGACCAUUAUGCACGGUAAAGAGAGUUACGAUUACUGUAUGGGUCAUUACGGGAUUGUAAGUACAAAGUGGAACCAUCCAGAGAUGCGAUCAUUCUCAGUAUCCCGCGCUCCAAGGGUGCUCUCUUUAACAUGUAUGGAUACUGGUAUAUUCAUGCUGAAAAUGCACACUGGUACCCGUAUGUUGCUAAGGUGUCCUCCUGGUUGCCAGGAACAGCGUCCUACGACAGUGUAUGGUACAGGAAUUUACAACCCAAUAUCUUCUGUUUGCCAAGCGGCUAUACAUUCAGGCCACUUGGGUGAGCUUGGUGGCGAGGUUGAAAUAGAGAUUCUUGGCAGUCAGGAUUCCUUCAACGGUUCUACUGCCCAUGGUAUGACUUCUUUGGAGAGUGGCCAGUACCUCAAGAGUUUCCGGAUUCUCCAAGGGACUGCUGCCACAUCUUAGCGAACAUUCACAUGAUACAUGUGUGUAUAGAUAUC